GCUGUCAUUUCUUCACACUGAACGAUGUCGCUUCUACGUUAAUUCUAAGGAGCUACCCCGAAAAGAAAGGCUCCUGGUGACAAGCCUGAUGCUAAAAUGGAGGUAACUAAGGUUUACGAAAAGGCAAGAAAACGAAAGUUCCAGUCAAGACCAAGAGAAGAGGACGACUUGGAAACACUCGACUGAAUGAUUUGAUGGCUAUCAAGAUCAUGUCUCCAACCAUCGAAGAGUUCGACCCUAAAGCAGCCAUCGCUGAAUGGAUGACCUCAACUCCAUCUGGCCAGACGAGAUGAGUAGGAGAGCGUAUAAAGCAGCCUGCCAGACCCAAGGAGGUCAUCACCCAUGCAGACUCUGAUCUCGACCAGGCAGAUGAGAUGGACCAGGCAGACGAGAUGGCAGACACAAGCUCUCAAAGUACCAGUGAAAUCCAGUCAACUACGACAUCGCUGGUGCAAGAGAAGAUGAUGUAUGAUGGAGACGAUAGUGACGGAGAAAGCGACUGCGAGAUGUCAGGAGACCUUGUGUUUUCAUUGUUGAUGGAAUACAGUAGAGAUUAAAAUAAGAAAACAGUUUACUGGUGUUAUAGCUUUAUUACCUUACACAUAUAUUAAAAUAUCUCUGUUAAAAAGUUAUUUUGGUUCGGGCUAGUGAAACUUGAUUCGGGCUAGUGCUUUUUCCAGGCUGCUAGCCCGACUGGGCUAGUGCUUGAAAAAAUAUAGUGCGAAGACUGGUGGCCACGUAGCUAUUCAUUAAAAAAAAAUGUUUAUGAAGGUUAAUACUUUUUUUAUCUGUACACAAAUGGUAUGAUUUUAUUUUGUUUAUAAUUAUAAUGCAUUAAAACUAAAAAAAAUAUAUAUAUACAUCAACCUAUAUUGGGCGCCUUUAAAACAGCUUUGCAUUGUUUUGUAGGAGAUAUCAGAAUACUGUAAUUGCUGUAAUAUACUAUAGUAAAAUUUUAAUCAGAAAAAUUGACAUAACACUUUACAUUGAUUGAUGGACACUUUCUUACACAUUAUACUCCAACUUUCACAUGAAAUCAUGCCAUGGACCACGGUGUAAUUGUCCACCACAUCUAGGGCAUGAACCGAUAACAGUGUUGUUAUUUCUCAAAUUCAUGGUCUAACAUAUUAACUUCAGAAUAAUUAUUGUAUUGCAGGAUACAUACAGCCAGAACUACUGAAUGCAUGAUUGGAGAAAUUUGGCAAGAGCUACACAUCAUGAAAGCAAACGCAGCUCCUGGGCAUGAUAUCAAAACAUGUGGAGGUGGACCACUGAACGUAGACUGAAGGGCGAUGGGGCCUUUGCUCUACUGACAUGACUUUUUGGGCUUUUCAUUCUACGUGCACCUGCCUUUCUUCACAGGACCUGGAAGUGACGUACCACGUAACCAUGGCAGAAGGGGGUGAAGAACAUCAACAUCUAGGCAUGAAUGAAAGCCAUCAAUCUGAAGAAGAUGGAAAAAAGGAAAUAGCAGAGGAAUCUACUGGAAUAGCUUCAUCUGAACAAAUUUUGCGAUCCAACCACACUGAUCUGAAAGAGUUUGGCAUACAAGUCUAUACGAGUCCCGAUACAGCCUCUCUACCAACACCAACUGCAACACACAUAUCUCAUCACCUGCCUGCAAAUGAUGUCGUACAAAGCAGAAGAAUAAUAUAUAACAAAAAAGCAUGUAUGCAAUACACAUCAAAUGGAAAACCAUUGUAUAUUGGAAAGUGUGAAGAUGGCUAUAUGGUGGUUGUAAAAGAAGCUGAAAACAGUGAUGAAUCCGAUAUAAUACUGGAGAUAGACCGACGGAACAAUAAACCCAUUGUAGCAAAACUGAAAUACCAAGAAAAACAUGGGGAUACCUUUGUUAUGGCCUUUGCACCAUGCAAUUGCAAUAUCAUUGACCACAUCAAUUCAUUGCCAAUUAAUGACAGGGCAUCAACAUAUAUACUUAUAAAAGAUAUGAUAAUGAAAGUCAAACGCCUUCAUGUGACAUGUAAAGUAUGUCAUGGAGAUAUUGCUUAUGGGAACAUUUGGAUAUCUGUGAAGGAUGAUGAUGUACAAGUAAUGUUGGCAGGCCUGGGAAAAGCUUCGAACGUCAACGUUGUUGAUAUUCAGGCUGGUCAUAGCUAUGGCUCACACCCAUUCUUGGAUGACAUAAAAGGCCUACGACUUACUUGCUACAUGAUCAUGCACAUUUUGGCCAACAAUGGAGUCACACUUGAUCUAAAGUAUGAAGAUGUGGAUUUUGAAGCCAUUAAAUUACUUGGGGAUGGCAUGACCGGACUUUACCACUGCAUUGCUGAUCUUCUCAGAAUUAUGAUUAAUGACCCAGGUAUGAGUCUUGCAGACUUAAAAAAACAUCCCUCUUUCUGGGAGGCCUAUGAAUUCCUGUAUUUUAUCAAACGUGUUAAAUCAAAUCUUGGAUAUCAGCAAGAUUUCGAAGUCAUGCAUUCUAAAAAAAUUCAUGUCUUCAAUAUGUUGGGUGUAGACAAUUGGAAGAAAAAUUUCCCUACAAAAGACAGAACCAUUUUGGAAAGUCCUAUAGUCAAUGAAGAACUGAACCUUAAAGACUAUGAUGGAGAACGUAUUAGUGGAUUGAUCAAGUUUAUCAGGAAUGCUGACGGCCAUUUUUACGACAAUUGUCAUCUUGUGAGGGUCUUUGAGUCGUGCCCAAGCGGGCUUGUCCAAUACAUCAAUGAAAAAUUUCCCAAAUUGUUUAUUUAUCUAUAUCGACACUCUCAAUCCAAAAGAAAAGCCGGUGCCAAGAAAUAGUCAAGCAAGGUCAAGAGAAAUAGUUUGAGGCAGCAGGCCCCGGCAGAAUCAACGACCCUACUGUGGAAACUGUGCCAUGUACAUUCACAACACUGAAGAUUGUACAAAACCAAAAUAUCGCAAGAAAAGUGGCAUUAUACUCACUGAUACUGAAAUGACACAAAAUACUAUAUUUGUAACGAUUAACUUCGUGACAUUCAAUUUAAUGAUGCUGCAAAUAAAUAUUAUGCUUAAGUGGCAGCUGUUUUCAGAAUUGUUUAUUUUAUUUUUUCUAGGGACUAAAUAGCUUUGAAAAUAAGUUCUUAUACAUAUCAAAAUAUAUUAUUUCAGGUUUUAUUAUACUUCAUUAGUUUUGACAAAAUGUUUAAGAUGCAUUUGAUAUCAUUAUGCUUUUAACAUUGACAUUCACUAACUGUGUAGAUGAAUAUAAAACCUAUGUUUGUGAUUGUUGUCUGUAAAUAUUUACAAGCAUCAGAUUAAAUCUCUGCUUUUUUCCUUAGAAAAACAUAAAAUACAUAACAAAACUAGAGAUUGCUUUUUUUGAAAAAGCGCUUGUCUCCCCCAUUGUGUGGGCAUAGGUGAGAAAUAAUCAAGAUGGACAUGAAAUUUGUACUUUUGGACUGGAGACGAACAAACAUAGGGUUCAUCUACUGGUCAUGACCAACCUGCAUACAAAGUAUGAAGUUCCUGGGUCCAAGUAUGAAGUUCCUGUGUCCAAGCUUUCAUUAGUUAUUGAGCAGAAAGAAGUGUGACGUAUGUACUGGUGACAAAGAAAUUGUUUUUUACCUGAAGGUCACUUUGACCUUGACCUACUGACCUCAAAAUCAAUAGGGGUCAUCUAAUAAUCAAGACCAUCAAGCAAACCAAGUAUGAAGUUCCUGGGCCAAAGUGUUGGGGGAGACAUAAAUAUAUUAUACAAGUAUAUAAUUAAAGGCCCUGUGAUUAUAAUAUAAUGUAAAUAUUUGCAACAUCAAUUCAUACCAUUUUUGUGCUUACUAUAUAAACAUACAUGUAGAGUAUAACAUAUGAUUGCCUCAUUUACUAUUUCCAAUUGUUGAUUUAAGACGGUUAAUACCACCUUGAGAAAUAUUUCAUAAUCUGUACUUAUAAUAUUGAUCUGAUCAUGACUAUAGAAAUGUUUCAUCAUAUAAAUAUAUACAAAAUUGGUUCUGCAUUUGUUGUGAAUUGUAUAGUUUUACUUUAAUUUUUUAUUCAUGUUAUAUGAGGGUCAUUAAAAAAAUGUACAGUU